AUGCUUCUUGGAGGCUGGCUCCUGUUGGCCUUCAAUGCAAUUCUCCUCCUGUCAUGGGCCAUGGCCCCCAAAGGGCUGUGUCCAAGCAGGGUCAGUGGCCCAAUGCCAGGGGUGCAGGCAGCAGCAGCCACUGCCACCAUUGCAGGCCUGCUGGUUUUCCCAGUCAGCCUGGCGUCCCCAUUUGCCAAAGCAGUCUGUGAAGGCUCCUCCGCAUACCAUGGUGGGAGGUGCCAACCAGGCUGGGGCUAUGUGACUGCCAUCUUCAAUGCAAUCCUGGCUAGCCUCCUGCCUGUGAUCAGUUGGCCUCGUGUGACCAUGACCAGCAUCCAGGGGAUGACCAUCUUCUUCUCCAGUGACACGGAGAGAAUCAUCCUUGUGCCAGAAAUGAACAAAUAA